UUUCUCGAGGCGCUAUGAUCUAAAAAGCGAACCGACAUAUUGUGGAGCAGCGGUAGCGCCGAUGGAGACGCGACGGUGCACGAAGAAGAAAUAAUCCGGGCGCAGUUGGUCUCUCCGCGGCGGUACGAAAUAUGAUCGGCAGUAAACAGAGAAAUCUGACUCAACGUAAUCCAUCUGGACAUCAGGGGGGAAGAUGAGGACCAUGAUGGCUUCGAUGAAAACAGUACUAUUCGUAUUUUUGCACGGGGUGCUCCAGUAUGCUCUGUGCCGCUAUGUAACUCUUCCUGUCGGACCCCUCUACCGUGUUGCUGGGUUCCCCCUCUCCCUUCCCUGCAGUGUAUCAGGAUACGAAGGCCCACGUACACAGGACUUUGAGUGGUUCCUGUACAGGGAUGAUGCAGGUGGAAGGCAGAUGGGAGUGGUGUCCACCAGGGACAAGGGGUUCCCAUAUGCCCCGUUCCAGGUCCGGGUGAGGAAUGGGGAGGUGAGGGUGGAGAGGGACUCAGGAGACAAAGUCAGACUAAUGGUCCAGAGGCUUCGGGCUGAAGACCAGGGAAAGUAUGAGUGCUACACACCCAGCACGGACAGCACCUACCAGGGGAAUUACAGCGACCUAGUGACUGUCAAAGUGAUCCCUGACACGCUCCAGAUCAGUUACUCCCGAGCACUCACCGGCCAGCCCCUGCCGGAGGGGGCUGAAUUAACCCUGACGUGCUCCGCCAGCAUCCAAUCAGAGCAGCUCACCCAUCUGUCCAUCACAUUUGGGAAGCGUGAUGGUGGAGACGGGUCGGCGGGGGGACCCGGAGGGGAGGUCAGCACCAUCAGAGAGAUUAUCUCCAUUGACAAGCUCCUCGGGGUCGUGCCCGGACGUUUCUACAAGAAGCGCUACGAUGAUGGAGAGAUCACGCUGGAAAAGAGGAACGGGGAGGGCGGGCAGGGCGUGUACGUGAUGAGGAUGAGGGCGGUGCAGCCCGACGACACCGGCUCAUAUUUCUGUGAGGCCUCACAGUGGAUUUUGGAUCCUGAUCGAUCGUGGCAGAAGAUUGCACAGAGAACGCUGGAUAUUGGCAACCUGACUGUUCAGCAACUAGCCGAGUCUCUGAGUGUGACAUCUUCGCCCAAAGGGGAGGUGACCCUGCAGGUUGGCUCUCCUCUCAUCCUGACCUGUGAGGUGCUUGGGCUUCCGUCUGAAGUGAAUUCAGGUCUCCUGGUUCAGUGGAUGAAAAGGGGAUCUGUCAGCAGCGAUGUAGUCGGGACCGGAGGAGUGGAGGUUGAAGUAGCCCGGAUGAGCCCAGAUGGCACCGUGAGCUGGGGGGACGACCUCAGCAGAGCCAGUGGUGGGUCCAUGGAGAAAGUGGCAGAGGGGAAGCACUCUCUGAAGCUCUUCUCGGCCCGGCCCUCUGACUCAGGGGUGUAUCGGUGUGUGGUGAGCGUGUAUGCUGGACGGAGAAACCCCAGCCUGUCUACGCCUGCAACACUCACCCAGAAAUCCGAGGGAGUCACUGUCAACCUGAAGACCAAAGAUGUUUUGGUUUCAGCUGUGGCUCAGCUCCCUCCUGGCCCUCUGCUCAAAAAAGGCAGCACGGUCACCUUAAUCUGCAACGCCACCGUGAGGACCACAGGCCCCGCCCAGGCUCAGGUGGAGUUCCUGCGGUGGCCAAUCCCUGAACCGGUUGUCAAGAAGGCAUCUGAUGUCAUUCCACUCGACCCACCCAUUGCCGAAAAACGUACAGUGAUAGCCACUAUGAAUUACAAUGGUAUUGUAAAUAUCUAUACCAACGGCAGUGAGAUCAGCAUCGACCGCCUGUCAGCUGUCACCUACAGACUGAGGGUCCACAUGGCUACGAUGGAGGACCAGGGCAUGUACACGUGUAAUGCUGAGGCGUGGGGGCAGGACCCACAUGGGGUCUGGUACAACACCGGGGCCAAAGCAGAGUCAAACGCAGUGACUGUUUACCUGUAUGCUAGAGCUGCUGACCUCCUUCUCAUCCCUCUGGUGAUCGGAGUCUCAUCUGCCUUGUUUGUAGGCAUUGUCAUCAUCGCAACGGUGACCUGUUGCUUCAUGAAACGGCUGGCAAGGCAGCGUGCUCACCAGAAAUAAGUCUCCACUGUUGCCUGCUGUCUGAAAUCCGAUUGUUCAUGAAGUAGCAUGAAGAGGUGAUGCACACAUCACAAUGGAAAAAAAUGGCCCACAAGAUAACUUCAGCACAAAAUGAAGUAAAAAGAAAAAAAAAAAAGACUUUGUCACCUUGAUAGUUGAUUGUCUGUGUUUUGACCUACCUGUUUAACAAUCAAUGCCAAAAAAAAUCUGUUUUAUAUUCUCAUAUUUUUAUAUUCAAACCUUCUCUGGACACAACAUAUUUUUGUGAUUGCGGCAUUGUGCACCAAUAGACAUAGGAGCAUGGAUUUUUGAGGCCUACAUCCAAUGAUUCCUCUUCACGCUUUAAUUGGGAAAAGAUUAUUUCUUUUGGUUCCUGUUUCCAUUUUAGCCUAAACCAUGUUUUUAGUGACCUCCUUAUCCCAGCUUAUUAUCGUUUCAAAUGGAAAAGGGUCAAAAUCCUCAGGCAAACAAGGUCGAAAGUAAAGAGGGCACAGCAGGUUUGUUUUGAGUCUCUUGGAUGUGAGGAAAAUGUGUGUACAAAUCUUGUUUUUAUAUAACCAACUGUCCUCUGAGAAGUCAUGGCGUGGUUGUUACAAUGUGAUGCUGUGAAUGCUCCUCGGUGUCAGAUGGUUUAUAUGAUGCUGGAUAUGUAGGUCAUUCUGCAUUGACUGAUGGUGCAAGUUUCCAGCAAGCAAAGAACAUUCUGUGUUUUUACAAAUUAUUGAUGGUGUUCCAGUUGUUCCUUUUUCAGACUGCAUGUUUUUUCCCCCCUUUUUCUUUUGAAUAUAAAGACCAACUAUGUCCAAAUAUAUGUGCAUGGUUAAGGCACUACCACUGACAGUCACAUGAAUGCUGAUGGGAGCAGUUCAGCCUCCAGAAACUUAAUAUGACCAGGAACGUUCCACCGCCUGCAGUCCGGCACCACUCUGCAUGUAAACAAUGUCUCUGUCUGUUACUUAAUAAGGAAGCCGCUGGCAAGGGACUUUCUGAUACAGACCAAUUGAGUACCGAUUCCAGUUUCAAGCAUUCUUCGCCUGUGAUGCUUCAGGUUUAAGAGUUUUCUAUACAGAUUUAUAGAUUUGACAGUGAAAAUGGAAGAGAUACCCAAUAUGCACUGAGCUGAAAUAUGUAAAUACUCUAUGGAGUUUAGCUGUUUAUUUUCUUAAUGUAGGUACAACUGUGCUGUAGCACCGUGUUUCUUUGGCAAGCACCUGUGUUUAACAUUCUGCAGCAGUCUGUUCUACUCUUUUGAAGCGCUUGGACAAAAACGGGACCGGGACCAAAGCCCCCUUGGUAUCCUUUUACUUGAUUUUCUUCCAGCUGAAAAGUCAUUUCUUUGCUUUUUCUCUUUCUUAUUUUGGGGGGGAUUAAUCGUUGCUAAGCUCUUGUCAAGUGAGUGAGAUAGAAAAAAAGUACUGUGAAAAAGAAUUCCCUGUUUGUUACACAGGAAAGCUGUUGUGUUGUUUCAUGCUGUUUAGGAUUCUUGUCCCCAAGGUGAGAAUUUCCUGAGGAGUGCAGUCGUAUGACCAGACAGUUUAGUGGAGCCUCGCUAUCGUCAUAGUUAUCAUGUGGUUUCAGGCCACACAUUUUUGCUGCCAAGACUUAUUAUGUCUAUAGCUCCUGCUGCUAGCCCACAGAAAUCUGUUGGACAGAUUUACUGUGUCUGCGCACUUAAAAUGGGUGAAAUCCAUCCUCCUCUUCCUGUUGAAAGUAACACUUAAGAAAAGUUUGGUCUUGCAAGCAGGCCGCAUCGUGCCAUCAUUUAAGGCUUGAUGCAUGUUCGCGGAAAGGAGGAGGAAAGCCAAAUUUGUCGUUAUCGCGCUCCUCACUCUCUCAUUGAAACGAUCUCAGCUCAGUUUCUCUCACUUGUCUAAAUUUGUUUGCACUGAGCUGUACUUUACCGUCUCAGUUUAUCUUUACUCUCUGUCUGCCUCUGUUGGAGUGGCUCUAAAGCUCCUCCCUAACCUGUGCUCCCUAAACCCUGAUUAUAAAUGUUGUUCAUGAAAAUUAGGGAAUAAAAUCACAGCUCUGCUUGCUUCCUGAGCCACUUUGUUCCAGAUCAACUACUCAAAGCUGAUUUGUUCCCCCACAUACCCACCUACCGCACGAUUACACUCGCGCACAUACACGAAUGCACGUGCGCAGCACAGCAGCAGCAACAGCACAGCAGCAGUAGGACAGUGCUGGCUGGAUGGCUGGUGUUUUAGAUGGAAGUAAAUAUCUGCGUGUUCAUCUCUAAUCCCUGUUUAUGGCUGCAGUGUGUCCUGCUGUCCUUCCCCCACCCCCACCCCCGUGUGUUACAGCAGCAGUGUGGCUCACACUCGAUUCAUUUCAAUCUCUUCCCUGAGAAUUACUGCCAGCUGUAAACAGUGUUGCACGUAGUGUGCAAAGUACGAGAACUGCUGUUUAAGUUGUGUUUUUGUUUGAAGAUGUAUUAAACCCUUUUCAUGAAGGUGUCAUGUUCUGUUUGGAUUGUUCACUCAUGCUUUAAUACCACUGUUCCCGAAUGCAUCUUACUGCCAUGUGAAAUAUAUAUAAAGACAGGUUAUAGCUCAGUUUGUUUCUUAUGGUGCUUUGGCAAACCUGCCAGUUGAUAAAACCAAUAAACCACUCUGGAUUUAUAAUGUCA